UAACGAAGUUAACAAUGGGUUAUGUAUAUAAGUUGCGUGUCCAGGAGCCUAACACCACUGAAAGCGAGAGGCCACCUCAUACACUCACACCACGCGCCUUCUCACACGCGUAAGCACUCUCCAACGGCUACUUUCCAUGCAAACUUACUUAACCCACCAACAUAAAUAACCAAAUUGCUAAGUUUGUUUUGUUCCCUUCUUGUUCCAAUUUUCAAUCUCUAUUCUUCUAGCCCCUUCCAUGGAUUGCUUGGUGAUGCCGGUCUCGUUGAUCCGGCGACGCUCCGUGAACUCUCGGAUGGGGUAUAGGCCAGUGGGCGAUGAUGGGCUGUUGGAUGAUCAUGAGAGGCCGGUGACUGUUGUGGUUGGGAAAGAGAGGAGGGUGUUCAUGGUGGAGCCUUUCAUCUUGCGAGAGAAUCCAUUCAGGGUUUUGAUGGAAAUUUCGAUGAAGAAGGCGGAGAAGGAUCACUUCCACUUCACGAGUAACGAGAGGAGAGUGAUAUUUGUGGACGUGGAUUCAAUAUUGUUCGAGCAUAUGCUGUGGCUAAUGCAAAACGAUGCCUCUUCUCUCUUCCAGCUCAAUUUGAAGGAGAUCAUUGACUUCUAUUCUCAGGAUAUUUAAUGUAAUAAUAUAACUCAUAGAUUUCAGUAAUAUACCUCAUAAUUAAUAUGUUAUCCCCUGUUUCUUUUCUUUUGCUAAAUUUUAAUUUUACCUUACUAUAAACUAGGCUAAAGUCACUUUGUUAUAUAAGAAUGUGGUUUAGUGCAGUUUCUAAACCAUUCGGUUCGUUUCUAACAGAACUGCACCAUAAACACCUCUAGAUAAGAUAAUUUCAAAAGAAUCCUGCUAGGAUUUUUGUAACAAUGUUCUCAUACGCAAUUAAUAACAACCGAAUUACGAGA